CUCCGUGUAAAGGUCCGAGGGUCACCUCUGCCUCCCGGUCCGGUACACCCGGGCCUUCCCCGAGGCUCUGGACCGACUGUGGCGCGGUGAGUUCAGAUGGUUGUGGCGCCAGAGGAUCCGGUUGCACCUGGAGGGGACCGGUAUCAACCCGACCCCGGUGGACCUGCACGAGCUGCAGCUGAGCCUGGAGCAGCACAACCAGGCCCACCGGGUCAGAACCGUGGACGACCUGCAGAAACCCGGGUCGGUCCAUCAGACGGUGUCGGAGCCCAGCCUCCUCCCAGUCAGGAGCCUGAAUGAGAUCUUCAUCGGAGAGUCUCUGUCCUCCAGGGCUUCGUACUAUGAGAUCUCUGUGGACGAUGGACCCUGGGAGAAACAGAAGAGCUCUGGACUCAGUAUCUGCACCGGAACCGGGUCCAAAGCCUGGUCCUACAACAUCAACAAGCUGUCAGAGCAGGCCGUGGAGGAGGUUCUGCUGAUCGGAAAGUCUCAGUCUGGACUGGACCUCCGUCUGAACCCGGAGUUUGUUGAAGGAGUGACGGACCGGUACAACGAGGCCCUGGUGUUCAGCCCGGACGACCAGCGCCUGUUCUACAGCGUCAGAGAACCCAUCUCCAACAGAGUGUUCUCCAGCAGCCGCCAGAGGGGCUUCGGAACCAGGGUGUGCGUGCGCUCACGCUGCUGGGACGCCUGCAUGGUGGUGGACGGGGGGACGUCCUUCGAGUUCAACGACGGCGCCAUCGCCACCGUCAGCCUGAGCCCGGAGGACCGGCUCAGGACCGUCCUCCUGGAGAACUGAGCCCGGAGGACCGGCUCCCUGCAGAGCUGGACUGGUUCUGAUGGACCCAGUUUGGGGGUUUCAGCCUCCAGCCGGGUCAGGUGUUCUGGUUCUGAGCUGAGGCGGAUCAGGAUCUUCAGCUGCUCGACCUCUGACCCCGACCCGUCCAACAGUUCUGGAAUAAAGUUCUUCAGAGAAAUGGUUCUGGUUCUGGUUCUGGUCCUGGUCCUGGUCUCAGAGGGUUUUCUUCUUCAGCAGUUUUCAUGUUCGGCUGCAGGACCGUGCAGAAGUCUUCAGCCCCUCUUGUUUUUAUUUAUUGUUGAUCUAAAGAUGUUUCUGAUCCAAACCCUGAUGUGGACCYGCUGCUGGACUGGAACCAGAUCCAGAUCAGGUCUGAGGACUGAGGACCUUCAGGAGAACUGAUGGUCUGGACCUCUUUAAAGGGCUACAGGAUGAUAGGAGUUCCUUCUGGAAGAUCCAGGUCCAGUUCAGGUUUCUUUAGGGUCAGGAGGUUCUGAUGGAACCAGUUUUAUGUCCCGGAUCCAGAUCUUCUGCCAGGAAGUUUAAAACUUUUACAUUUUGUCUUGUUUUUAUUUUAUAAAACCUGUAAAAAGGUGAAAACCUUUGAAGAGUGGGACACUAAAACUACCUGGACCUGAAAACAGGCUUUUAUUUUGAAGGGACUUGUUUCUGAAUCAGAACUUUUGUGCCAAAGUCCCGUGUGGAACCGGACCUGCUGGUUCUGUUUGGAACUGGAGCAGCUUGUUGACAGCCGAGUGUCCUCUUUGUUUAUCUGAUGAACAUUUUAUUUCUUUCAAAAUAAAACUCGUCCCUUCACCUGUUGGACUAAAA